AUGUCGAUACCACAGGACCACGUCCUGACCGCAGCGACGGCGACGGAGAUACAUACCCAGGCGACGGAUAGGCCUUUUCCGUACUUUCUGGCGGGACUCGGCGCAGUCACUGCGACCACUAUCUCGUUCUAUACUAUGUUUUUGCACUUGAAGAAUUAUAGGAGGCCGGACUUGCAGCGCCUGACAAUACGGAUAUUAUGGAUGGUCCCCAUCUACGCCAUCGCCUCGUUCAUCAGUUUAUGGUCCAGAGGUGAAUCCGACUACAUUGACACCUUCCGCGACAUGUACGAAGGCUUUGUCAUCUACUCCUUCUUCCUUCUCUGCAUCAACUAUCUCGGCGGGGAGCGCGCGCUCCUCGCCAUGCUCGACGAACGCAUGCGCACCCACCAUCUCUGGCCAUUCAAUCUCUGUUUCGCUCCAAUGGACAUGAGCGACCCUGACACCUUCCUCUUCGUCCGGCGUGGCAUCCUCCAAUACGUGAUCCUCAAACCCUUCAUUUCCCUCGCCACCAUGAUCUUCCGCCUCACCGGACACUACCCGGAGGGAUACAUUGGGUGGGAUAGCAGCUAUCUGUGGCUGUCGCUACUGUAUAAUGUGUCCGUGUCGUGGUCGUUGUAUUGUUUGGUGCUGUUUUACGUGCAGUGUUCGAAGGAUUUGAGGCCGUAUCGACCAAUGCCUAAAUUCAUCUGCGUAAAAUCCAUCGUCUUCCUGACCUUCUACCAGGGUCUUGGAAUUGCGUUCCUGGUCUGGGCAGGCUGGAUUCACGAUUCCGAAGAAUACACCGUAAGCCGCCUCGCUCAGCUCCUCCAAGACUGUCUCGUCUGCCUCGAAAUGCCCUUCCUCGCCGCUUUGCACUGGUACGCCUUUCCAUGGACGGAUUACAACGACGAACGGUACAUCACAUAUUUCCCCUCAAUCAUUUCCCCUUCACCUGGGACCCGAUCAUAA